AUGGGAGUAUGUGGAUUUGCCGAUUUUUCGUGUGGAGGAUCCGGUGAGGCUGGUGAGGAGAAUGGGUUGAUUGAGAGGCAGAAAUUGGAUAGCGGGUUGCCGGUUUUGGCUCCGUUUCAGUUGGCGGGUCCGAUGGAGCUUUGGAUUCAGGAUGCCAAGGACAUGAGGCUUUCACUGCCGCAUGAUGUAGAUGCGGGUGUGCUGAAGAAAAUAAUCUUAGCAGAUGGUGCGGUGGUUACUGUCAAGGGUGCUAGGUCAGUUAGCCUGCGUCAUCCAAUUGAGCUCCCACUUCCCUUGAACCGAACUCAGAAUGGUUUUGCCUCAGGUCUUCUAACUCUUGCAGAUCGUCUACGCCAUGCUUGCCGUGCCCAGGAGGCCCCACUUCUCUCCUUACGUAUUGUUGGUCCUACAUCUCUGGCAUCCCCUACCUCGUCAUCAACGUCUUCAAAUAAUAAGCUCAAGCUUAAGCGCCUUGCUCCAGGCUUAGUGGAGCUGUAUUCAGCGUCAAAAACAAAAUCUGUUGAAGCUGUACCCACUGUUGAUCUUGAAGGAGAAGCAACCGCCCUAUUAACUCCAGACCGAUUCACUGCAUUUUGGCCUCUGGCUUCCAUCAAUGGCUCAAAUUCUAACUUGCUUGGUUUUGAGGCGCUGCUCUCUUCAGUGCUCGGUCCAAAAGCUAAUAAGGAGGGUUCUUUCAAGCUGUUGAAGGCAGAUGUAUCCGCUCAGACUUCUGUGAAGAUUGGUUUUGGGGUGGAGAAGAAGUUGAAAGAAGGAGAUGGAUUUGAUUGGGAGGGAUUUCCAGAAUGGAGGACAAAGCCGGAGAGUAUGAGGAUGCAUUUUGAGGUAUUGGCCAAGGUCGAGGGGGACAAGGUUGUGCCCGAGAGAGUGAUGCAGGUUAAUCCUGUUAUUGUGGAGGAUACAGUGUCGCCGAACAUGCUCCUGGGGAACAUGACUAUGUCUACGACCCCUAUUGUUCAUCCUCCGCCCAAUCCAUUCAUGCUGUGA